GUCAUUCUUUUUGUUCCUGCGAAUCGAUUUCGCACUUCACUCUCUUUUUGAUCAGUGCAGCUGACUCUGAAAGAGACUUUGUCAUUUGAGUUUGUUUCAACGAGGCAUUGAUUGCUCUGAUUCAGCUUCCUUCAUCAUGCAGUUGACCGGCAAGAUCUCCAUCGCCCUUCUGGGUGCUUUCGCUGCCGUUGGCGAGGCAAACCACCACGAUCUUCACGCUCGUCACAACCACUUCCUCAAUGCCAGAGACUACAGCGAGCCUGCUCCCAGCACCUCUUCCGUGAUGGUCUACCCGACUCCUGUGCAGCCCACCACGUCUUCCUCCGUGGAUGCUCAGCCGACUCCACCUGUGCCCGCUCAGCCUUCUUCUGUGGAUGUUGAGACACCUCCUGCUGUCCCAUCUUCCUCUGUCGAGGCUGAGUCGUCUUCUGUGCCUGCUCAGUCUCCCCCAGCUGUGGUUGUUCCGUCUUCCUCGGUGGUUGUUCCAUCUUCUUCCGUGGAUGCUCAGUCGACUUCCUCUGUGGUUGUCCCGUCCUCUCCUGCGGCCGCUGAGUCGUCUUCCGUGGUCAUUCCAUCCUCUGUUGCUGCCCAGUCGUCUUCCGUGGUUGCUACGCCCUCUGUUGCUGCUUCGUCCUCUGUUGCGGCUUCAUCCCCUGUUGCGGCUUCAUCCUCUGUGGCUGCUUCGUCCUCAGUCGUUGCUCCAUUCUCUUCGUCGGUGAUUGCUCGCUUCCCUUCGUCGUCCAAGGCCACUCCCUACUCUUCAUCCAAGGUUACCCCGGCUCCCAUUCCCCUCAGCACUGGUGUGCCCGCCGGCCCUCAGUCUAGCCACGCUGCUGACAAUGGUGCUGAUGGCUCUGUCUCUCACGUCAUUGAGACCAAGACCACUACCAAGGAUGUCACUCUCACCUACACCAUGGGUGCUGGUACUUCCACGCUACUGUCACUGUUACCGACACCGUCACUGUGACUGCCACCCCCGCCCCCACUGCCCAGCCCGGUGGCUUUUACGAGAAGCCGGAUGACUCUGACAAGCACCAGUCUGCUCCUUCUUCCUCCGCCGAAGAUGAAAGCAGCCAGGUCCCAACGCCGACUCCUUCUAGCUCUGCCUCUGUUACUAGCUCUCUUCCUGCUGCUUCCUCUUCCGCUAUUGUUUCUGGCCGUCCUCACUUCGGCAACGGCACUCUC